UUGGCGGAGAUCAGAGAACGAAGCCAAACCAACCAUACAGACCGGUCAACACGAUGGCACGACAAACGGCUGGAACAAAAACCAAGAAGAACCCCAAGCAAACAACAUCAGCCGCAUCAAAGAAGACCGGCAAGGAGAACGAACAGGAAACAGAGAAGAUAGAAGAAACACAGAACGGGAAACCCUCAAAACAUGAAAACACCCUGACCAGCCUAACCAACUCGAUCCUCACACUCUUCAACAAGUCACAACACUCCCUAACCAGUCACAGAAAACUCGUCAACAAUCUGCACAGUUUAUUCUUAUCAUCAACUGAGAUCCGAGAACAGAUUGAAAAUGGCGACGGAACGGACAAGACCAUCAAGUUGAUCGGAGAGAAGAAUUUCACUGAGGCGUGUUACACCGUACUCGAUAAUAUUGUCUCCACUAAGAAGGGCGUCGUCGAAGCGGAUCGGGUGGUUCGAUUCUUUGGGGCUUUUUGCGCCUUUGCUACCGAACAUGAUCCUCACAAAGAAUCAGAAGAUCAGACUGCUACCAAUCGAUUCCUACUCCAUUCAAUCAAAUAUCUCAGUCGCGGCUUUGAAGCAAAAAAUCGAUUUGUCCGUUUUCGGUGUUGCCAGCUCAUAGCUUAUGUCGUCAAUAGCUUGGAAGAAAUUGAUGAUGAUUUGUUUAGCGAUUUGAAACACAAGCUUCUCAUUCGAAUCCACGAUAAAGAAAAAGAUGUCCGACAACAAGCCGCAAUCGCCCUCAUGAAUUUUCGUCCAGUCAAUGAAGAAGAUGAAGAGGAAGACUCUGAAGAAAACGUCAAUGACGCGUUAAUCGACCUCAUGAUGCGUGAUCCGUCCUCAGAAGUCCGACGAACUGUUUUGCAUAAAUUGUGUGAAACACCCUCUACCACGACUCUACCCGCCAUCCUCACUCGACUUAGAGAUAUCGAUCCCCUCAUCCGCCGCAUGGUAUACCGUGACCUGUAUUUAGCGACGCUUGCCAAGCCUGAACCUACGCUCCCGCCCGAUCCAUCACAGUGUUUCAGUCUAGACCAGCGUUAUACAAUAUUAAAAGGCCUCAAAGAUCGUGAAGAGAGCGUGCGGAAGGAAACUGCUAACUUGGCGAACUGUUGGAUCAAGGUGGGCUUCAAAGAAAACAUCGAAGCUUUCCUGGCUACCAUGGAUCUGAUCUCGUUGGGAUUUGGUGAAGAGGAUGAGGAUGAGAAGAACAAGAUCGAGAACAUCGAAAACGUCGUAAAAACCUGGCUAACUAGUCAUGGAUUAGACCCCACGCUGGAACUAGAUGAGGUUGAAAAUGACCAACCUGACGAGUUUGGGUCGGACUCUUGGUGGACAAACAUUAACCCCGAAAGAGCCUUUCUGCUACGAGUUGCUGCUGAACAUUACAAAUCCUUCUCGGAUGAGACCAAACUUGACGAGGUCAUGCCCGUCGUGACCGCGCUAGCCUUUCGCAUGGAACAUAAUUUCCAGGCUCUGACUGAGCUCUUGCAAACGGUUGAACAACUAUCGCCUAGUCAGAUGGAAGAUGAAGAAACGGCAGAGAAAGUACAGUUGGCCGCGCAAAAAACAUUUGUUCUCCGCGAAUUACUUACGGUGGCGAUGCUGGCAGAUUAUGGGGAUGAGAUAGGACGGCGGAAGAUGUUUUCAUUAUUACGUGAUUUAGUCUCCGAUCCACUUUUACCGCAUUCCCUGAUUCCAGGAUGUCUCGAAGUACUAUCGAAGCUAUCAACUGGCGAAAGGGAUUUCAUGCGAGUGAUUGUUGAAUUAGUUCAAGAACUGCGAUGUAAUUUAGACACCGAUCCGAAUUUCACGACUAGCAAGAAUGUCGAUGGUGCUCCCGAUGGACAAGAGGAUGAUGACGAUGAUGAUAGUGAACCCGAUGAAGGAGCGGGAGAGGCUAGUUUUAGGAAAGGUAAAGAUGGGAAAUUGCAAGUGACCACUUUUACACUUAAUCCGGCCAAUGCCGACUUGGACUCUCGAUGCUUGGAGAUCGUGAGGUCCCUGUUGGAGCGAGUCUCCGGUUCAAUCAAAGACAAUACCAGCAUGUUUGGGAUCGUUCACGAAUUGAUUGUCCCCGCUGUAAGAUGUAAAGAUACGCCGAUUCGUGAACGAGGUUUGGUAUGUUUGGGGCUAUGCAGUCUAUUAGACAAGCAAAUCGCGUUGGAUUCAUUUGGAGUAUUUGUCCACCAAGUCCAAGCCGCAGAGAUCGAUCUUAGAAUCAAGGUGCUCAAAAUUGUAUUUGACUUGUUGCUACAGCAUGGAAUCGAUUUCCUUGCUGAAAAAGGGCAUGGGCCGGAAAGGGUGAUUGAGUUUCUGUUAUACUCGCUGGAUCAAGACUCUAAAGACGUUCAAGCCACGGCCGUGAUCGGAAUAUCUAAGCUAAUGCUAUCAGGAAUCAUCACUAGUUCUGAAGUCCUUCAAAUGCUUGUUCUCGUCUAUUUCUCGCCAGAGACGUGCGACAACCAAAAACUACGACAGUGUUUGAGUUACUUUCUUCCGGUUUAUUGUUACUGUUCGUCUGUCAACCAGCGUCGAAUGCAAUCGAUGAUGCUUCCAGCGUUAGAUGUUUUGAGCGGAGUAUACGAUGAUCAAGAGGAUAAGAGUGAGAUGUUGUCACCCAGUCAGAUUGCAUUACAGCUCGUUGAUUGGACCGACCCCUCCAAAGUCGUUGUUUUACCGGGCUGCAAAGUGGACUGGGAUUUACAUUUAGAUGCUGCCAUAGAUAUCCUGAAAAACCUCUACCGAGUGACUGAAAAGGACGAAAGAAAAAUGCUCUGUCAGAUGCUACCUAAGUUGACACUCCCGGAUACACUCGAUAACGUCCACAAGCUGCGGGGCUUGUCUCUCCUGAUAAGCCAGCUCGAUGAAAAACGUCCACUCACAGAUUCACUCUCUCGAAACGUGCUCAAUAAAUUCCACACGUCCUUGGAAAAACGAUUUGCCGAAAAACUCAGUGAAGGUGCCGAGAAAGGAGACCAAUCUGACAAAGAGACUGAAGAGGAGGAGGAGGAGGAGUUGAAAGAAUUCAAAGACUUCAUAGAUGAAUUCAAUGGAGAUCAAGACGGAAACGGGAGCAGUGAAGCCGAUGAUCUUAACUCGGAUCCUGACGCCGCAAAUGAUGAUUACAGUGCAAAAGUAGUCGUCAAGAAAACUCCGACCAAAAAAUCCAUCAAAUCCGUGGCAAGGAUUUCGAUGGCCAGUCUGAGAAACGAAGAGGUAACAGAUAGCGAAAACGAAGGACCUGCGCCGCGACGUUCAGGUCGGCCACGAGCCAGCCGACAACCGGACCCUAAAGUGGCUGCAGUGAAUGAGGAACUGGCUUCUCUCAUUGGAAGUAGCACUGACGAAGAUGGCAGCAGCCAAGACGAGUCAACCGAAAAAGAGGACUAG